AUGGCGCGUAGAAGAGGUGCAGGCGGUGGUGACAGCAGUCACUGCUGCUCCUCGCUGCGCCUGAAUGAGGACAAUGCCCGCUUCUGUCUGCUGGCUAUGCUCAUUUUGCUGUAUCUGCUCUGUGGCGCUGCUAUCUUCUCCGCUCUGGAGCACCCCUCUGAGCUCCGAGCACGGAGGCACUGGGACGAGCGGCUGGGAAACUUCACCCGCCAGCACGGCAUUAGCCUCUACGCCUUGCGGACCCUGCUGCGGCAGUACGAGGAGGCCAACGUGGCCGGAAUCCGCGUUGACGCCCUGCGGCCCCGCUGGGAUUUCUCGGGAGCCUUCUACUUUGUUGGCACUGUGGUCUCCACCAUUGGAUUUGGCAUGACCACUCCAGCCACCAUUGGUGGCAAAGUCUUCUUGAUCUUUUAUGGGCUCAUAGGCUGUGCAGCCACCAUCCUCUUUUUCAACCUCUUCCUUGAGCGUAUUAUCACCAUGCUGGCCUAUAUUAUGCGCUGGUUCCAUGAAAGACAGCUGCGGCGUACUGGAGCUGGGACUGAAGGCGAGGAUGCAAGGGAUGAGGAAGACAGUCUGGAGGGCUGGAAGCCCUCGGUGUACUACGUAAUGCUAAUUCUGGGUGUGGCCGCCAUGAUGAUAGCCUGUAGCGCCUCAGCCCUCUACUCCGCCAUGGAGGAUUGGGACUACUUUGAGUCUCUUUACUUUUGCUUUGUUGCCUUUAGCACUAUUGGUUUUGGGGACCUAGUGAGCAGUCAGAGGGAGAAGUACAAGUCCCAGGAAGCCUACCGUGUGGGAAACUGUCUGUUUAUCCUCAUGGGUGUCUGCUGCAUCUACUCCCUCUUUAAUGUAAUUUCCAUAAUCAUCAAACAGACUCUUAACUGGAUCCUUAGCAAACUGGACUGCCGGCAUCAUUGCAGCUGCCCUCCCUGCUGCAGAUGUCACUGGCUUGGUUGCUGCUUCCCCUGCUUUCCAGGCAAGCGCUCACGUCACCUGCUCCACCCUGCUCGUGGCCACCACCGGAAGCACCACCGAAGUCAUAAUGCUGUGCACCCGGUCCCCCAGAAAGAUGGUCUCGGACAGCAUCGCUGCGCUGAUGUGUCUGUGGAAACAGUGUGCGACAGUGAAACGGAUGGGACAGCGGGGGUCGACGUUGGGUACAGGGUUGGACGCCGUCUCUCAGACGAGAUGAUCUCGGUGAAAGACUUCAUGGCCUCCAACAAGGUGUCUCUUGCCAUUUUGCAGAAGCAGCUAUCUGAGACGGCACAUGGGGGCAUCCGCCAAAACCACGUUCGCCAUAAUGGCUUUACUGAUGGUGUAGGUGCUUUUGCCAUCAUGAAUAACCGCUUGCAGGAAACCAGUGUAGACAGGUAACCAAACAGCUUAUACGUGGUAUUACAAAGCAAGCCUAAACGAACAGGUAUUGAAAUCUUUCCUCAAAAAAAAAAAAAAAGAGAGCCAAUAUUCUAGUCAUGUCCCAGUGUCGUAGAGCCGUGAUUUUCUUAAGAAUAAAACUGGAGAGAUAUUUUUUAAAUGUGUAAAUACUCAUAUUUAAAGUGUUAAAAGCUGAUCUAUUGAUUAUUUUGUACAUCAAUUUUUAAUCCUAUUUAACACUUUUUUUUUUUUGAUGUUACACGUGUAUUUUUGAUAUUAGUUUUCAUUUGACAUUUCAUUUGGGUAUGAGUAGCCCAAUACAGAAAGAAAGACAGGAGCACACAACACGUUAAAAAACGAAGGACCCUCUG